GUUGAACACAGAGUAGGGAGAAAAAGCAAAGAGUAUAAAAAAACAGUAAGCGAAUUAAAUGAGAGUACCCGGUAUAUCAAAAGCAUGGAAAAGAGCGGUCGCGGUCUGUGUCGUAUAAAUUCGAAUUGAUAUAAAAAUGUAAAUCAUUACAGAGGUAUAGAUCUUUUCAACAGCAACGCAAAGCAUAAUCGCGUCGUUGACUUUACGGAUGGCAACUCGCCUACAAAUAAAAAUAUUACCCACGGAACUCGCACAGCAGCACCGGCACCACGGCUGGGGUUUCUCAAGCUACCUUUCCAAUUCCGCGCCGGGGAGCUGCCGGCGUGCGGCGCUGAUGAAGUGCGGUGGCGCAGCGUCUUGUAGCGAGCUGCUAGUCCGUAAUAACUAACUUCACGUCUAGCUACAUGAGAGAGCUCGAGAGAUGAGCUGCUAGAUUUAAUUUAGAUCUAGGCUAGAUCUACUAGGAAUAGGGAUCUGUCAACUCUAUCACUAGGACGAAUAGGAGUCGAGUCUUAAGCCAGACGAGGCCGAGCUGAGGAUGGAUUCUAUCUUCCAUGAAAAGCAAGAGGGCUCUCUAUGUGCCCAACAUUGUCUGAAUUCAUUAUUACAAGGUUCGUAUUUCAGUGCAGUAGAUCUUGCUACCAUUGCCCAGGAGCUAGAUGAUGUUGAAGGGGCUCACAUGGCUGAAGGAGGAGUAGACUCGGUGGAAUACCUCAGGUUCCAAGAACAACCGUCUUCAAAUAUGGAUGAUAGUGGUUUCUUUUCUGUGCAAGUCAUCAGCAAGGCUCUAUCUGUUUGGGGAUUGGUCAGUAUUCCUAUUGGUAGUUCAGAGGCUGGUUCCGCUUCAGUUUUUCCUGAGAGAGAAUGUGCCUUCAUAUGUAAUUUCCGGGAGCACUGGCUGACUAUUAGAAAGCUUGGGGACCAGUGGUUUAAUCUAAAUUCUCUGUUGACGGGUCCAGAACUUAUAUCACAUACAUAUUUAAGCAUGUUCCUUGCGCAGCUUCAGAAGGAGGGGUAUUCCAUAUUUGUGAUCCGUGGUAGUCUACCGGAAUGUGAAGCAGACCAGCUUUUACGCCUGAUACCUGCCGUUCAGACUCAGCCACCAAAGCUUCUCUCGGACCUUGUCCAGUCUUCAAACCAGAGGGUUUCCACCGGUGCAGGGGUGACCCAGGAUGACCUUCAGAAAGCGCUUAACGAAAGCAGGAAUUUAAUAUCCGGUGACAAAGCAGACGAUGAUCUGCAAGCUGCUAUUCAACUCAGUCUUCAAGGUACAGAAAAACAAGUUCCUGAAGCAAGCAAACCUGUCGAUGUUGAUGAAGUGAGAAGGAGGAGAGAAGCUUUUUUUAACAGACAAGCCCAAGGUCCAACGCAAUCAUCAGCUGAAAGCAACCAGUCCUCGUCCUCAGAAGUGCCUUUGCCACCUGGGAAUAGAACAGCCAAAGACAGACUUGAAAGCAAUACUAACAACUCAGCUCAGACAUCUAGCCCAUCCUGUAAAGCCGUUGCCGAACAGGAAACCGGAGAGAUGGACAGUGAUAUGACCGAAUCCGCUAUGCUUGAAGCCGCAAUCAAAAUGUCGAUAGAUUCUGUGGAACAGAAAACGUGAGAAUCAUUGAAGCAGCUUUGUCAGGAAUUUAAUUAAUCUUGUUGUGAUGUUACUUAAAAUGACAGAAAAUUCUGAUGUCAACAGUAGAAGCAGGUAGAGACCGGAUCAGACAAACCCAUAUUGUGAUGGGAUGAAUAAUCCUGCCAGGAAAUUGAGUUGGUUGUGUACAUGUAUUUUCUGUGUCAUAAUUUGACGAUGAUAUGAUUUUAGUCAUUAUGUAGGAAGUUGUCAUUAUUGCUGACUGGAACUGGAAAGAUGUUGACUCAGAGAUGGGUGAAUCAGAGGAUAAUUCGCCAAAAUAUUUUCUUUUAUUUAUCCAAGUUGACAGAUCUCCCCUAAAAUUUACAAAUAGUUAUAAUGAAGAAAGGUAGAUUUUUUUUUCAGGGGGCUAUUUGAUUUAUUUCAAGGGUUUCUUUUUUGUGCAAUGCACAAUUAUGCAAAUAUCAUUCUGCUGUAGUAUGUAGAAUAUUGAUUUUCUCAAUAUUAUUGAAUAUUGUUUGUGGGAGAUCUAGGAAAAUUCAUCCCAAAAUAUGGUCCGGAGUCAUAAGUGACCUGCUACCCCAAAAGGGUCACUGCAAAUAGUAAGUUCGCAUUUAGCAAAACAGUAAUUUGGUCUUCAAAGAGUGAAAGGAGAAAGUUUAAUAACUAAUAUUGGAUAGAGUUAAUCUUCUUCAUUCUAUCAAAAUUUGAAGUUGGAAAGUCAAUAGACAAGAUGCAAGAGUUUGUUUGACAUAAUUUUUUGUGGACUGCUUUGAUAUUUCACUGAGAUAGCUGUUUGCGCAUCUCAUGCUUGAGUGAACCCUGAAUUUCAAACCUUUUCUCUUUAUUCUUUGAAGCUCUCACUGGAUAUCUUCUGCAUUCAAUCUAGUACUUGUGUGACAAGUUGUAUAUCAUUUUUCAAGUUCAAUAAAUCAAAAUAUCAAAAUUGAUUUGGGCAUCUUAUUGGCUUUGGGGAGGCAGGUCACAUAUGGAUUAUUAAUAAGAUUUUUAAUUUGUAUUCAUUCAUCAAGGUAGGUAUAUAUCAAGUCCAACCUCGGGUUCGUCUCUGAUAGCUAGAAUUAUAACAUCAUGUCUUUAGCCUAAUAUCUAGUCAGCGGCUGCAGCUAUUCUGCUGUAACAUGAAAAGAUCAUUGCACACUACGCAAACUGAAACAACAUAAUUUUUAACAAAUCAUACUUUGCAUAUAAUGUGUUCCAAGAAGUAAAUUGGAAUACUUAUGAUUGGAGAUAAAUCAAAAUUGACUUCAAGACCCAGCUGCUGGUGACGGUACAGCUUGGAAUUAUAUUUGUUUCUAAUCUUGCAGGAAUGCUCGAAUUAGAUUGGAAUUUUGAUUUUAGUGUUCAUACCACUAUUAGGAACAGAUUUUAUAGGUUGGAAUGUUAACUUGUAUGAAAAAAAACAACAGAAAAUAAGAUUGAUUAAAGUUUUAGAACAAUCGAAUAAACAAUAAGCAAUUUAUGAGCAUUUGAAUGUUCAAUAUUGAAAUCACUAAUGCUAGAUCCUUUCAUUGAUCUUUGAUGUCACACAAGUACAAUGCCCCCCCGUUUGUACACUGAAAAUAUACACCAAAACGAGAUAUAUGUUUAUAUGAAACCGCUAUUUAGCAUCUGAUCUAUGGAUAGACUUGACAAUGUGACAAUUUUUGUAAUUGAUUUGUGUAAAAGUAAUUGAGGAUGUAACUUCUGAAGGUUUCCUUGGCGAAGAAGAAGAAUGUAGUGGGUUUCACAGUACACCAUGUAAUCUUUCAUGGGCAAUUGUUGGUCCUGAAAAAUGACCAGUGUGUUCUUGUCGUCUUCAGAAGUAAUUAAGGAGUUAUGCAAGUAUGACAUGAUUGACAUCAUACACGUUAGUUGCAUUUCCAACAUUCAAAUGCUCAUAGCUUUCUUAUACCUUGGUCACAUUUGCUCUACGGCGGCCGUACGGCGAGUCGAAAACAGCCGUUUUAUUAAUUUUGAUUCAAACCACCUAUAUGUAGUUGGACAAAAAAUGUUAAAACGGCUGUUUCCGACUCGCCGUACGGCCGCCGUAGAACAAAUGUGACCAUGGUAUAAUUGGUUCAAUUUUUUGUCUCGCCCACCAGAGGUGAACAUUAUUCGGAUGUAGGCGGAUUUGGAUAGCCUCUUUAACACACUGUGUGUACCAGUGCUUAUCCCGCGCUAUGGAGCUUACUCCGAAUAAUGUUAACAGGGAUAACGGCAUUGACAUCCCCGAGGAAUGGCUUCCGACCAUUCACGGGCAUGCGCCCCCUACGACCGCCCAAUACUCAUCAGUGAACCGCCCUCUGUAUGGGAGCAGGAACAUGUGUAUAUUAAACAAAAUAUCAGGCUUUGAGAAAGUAUAGUGGAAUUAUUUAUCCGAGGUUGGUCUGGCAAUUACUAUUUUUCAUGAGAGACAAAAAUAUAGUAGUUUUUGCCAGUCCAACUGAGGAUAGAUAAUUCCACUAUACUUUCUCAAAGCCUGAUAUAUUUGUUUAUUAUACACGCUAUGCUUUCGAACGAAAUGCCUGAUUUAUUUGUUUUAUAUCCUACUUUUAAUAAUUCAGAACAAAAAUCUAUGCGCUGAGCUCGCAGAUUCCGGUUAUUUGCAUUGAAUGACCUACUUUUGCUCAAGCCACCGCGCUCAGCGGAACGCAGAUUGGUGCCUGCGCCGACGCAUCUCGGGACUUGCUCGGGAGAGAGAGCUCGCUGACCGGUGCACCCAAGAGUUUAGCUAAAUAUCAAGUUUUCUGAAAUAAUGAUGUCAGAAUAUUGGUAUAGCAAAAAAUAUAAUUGAGGUCUGACGUCACGCAACAUCAUAGUUAAAAUAUGUUUGGUCACAUGAUGCUAUUUGAACCAAUCACUACAGGAUUGAAUCUACAUGUAUGUAGGAUAUAAUGUGCAUUAUUAAACUAUGAAUAUAAAAUGGUUGUGUGUUUAUCAGCAAGAAACAGACGAAACCAAAAUCUUCCAUUUUGUUUACAGCUUUUAGAUUUUUCUCACGCAUACAGCUGUUUAAUUUAAUAUAAUUGUGAUAUGACUGAUAAGAUUAUAUCUGAUUUUGAGUUGGAUUUAAUCCAAAGGCAGUGCCUUAGUGGUAUUUGUGCUGUACUUGGCCUAAAUGAAUUAUCUUGUGCUUUACUGUGAAAGAGAACUAUUGAACUGUAAUGCAAAAAGGGAUAUUUGCAGAGCGAUCAUUGAUAUGACUUUCAUUGGAGCUAGUGUUAUUGCUUGUUUUGUCUUCAUUUAUAAAUUCAUUUUAAGUAAUGUGUAUAUAACACAAAUCAAUAAAGCCUAAAACAAAUAAUACAACUGUUGUAGGGUUUUUGUCUCACCUACAUAGCACAGUUAAACUACAGGUGCUGCUUUUCCAACGGCAGCAGAGACAUUCGCCUAGGUUUUUCAAACCAUAUUCAUCUGUUUGUCUAUACUUCAUAACCAUUAUAUUCAUGUUUCAUGGACUAAGGUUUUAUAUUUCCCAAAUUAACUUGAAAAAAUUGAAAUCUGCACUUUGGUUUUAAGUUUUUGAUGUUGAUACCACAACAUGGUCAAAGUUCAUUGACACUAUUAAAAUGACCUUUGACCUUGAUCAUGAAACCUCAUACCAAUUGAUCAGUGACACUUGCUUAUCCAUGUUUCAUGAACUGGGUAUGAUGAGAUCUAAUAACAAACUUAACCUUGGUUAAGAAGUAUAGGGCAGUAAGCCAUUUUCUCUCAGAUUUCAAUUCAGAUAGAAAAUGAAAGACUGUUAGUGCAAAAAUUGCAAUGGACCUGAUUGUAAUCAAGUAAAAUUUAUAGAUAUUUUAUUUCCUGGGAUAUAUAUGGAUAUUCUUUCCUUGGAGCUGAAUGAUGUAUUUCUGACUGGUAACAGUUAUGAUUUUUUAAGGUUGUCAAAAGUAAGUUUUUAAGGAAAAUUAUGAUAUGAAAAGUAUGAAGAAUAUUGUACCUUUUUUUAAUUGCUGGUAUUUCCCAAAUCCUUGUUUAAGAAUGAAUUGCAAAAGACAUUGAGGUAAAUUCUUAGAAUUCGUUAUUUUGCUCAGAUGGUUCAUUAGUAAAUAUUGUGUUACACCUUUUUUGGCUACUUUUA